UCAAAUGAAAACAGAUUUAAAUCUUUGUUUCCGAUUAAGUUUGUCGUCUGUUAUUCUUAACAUUGCAGGUGAUCCAGGGUUAUUCUCUGCUGGUAAAAUGAAUUCAAUAUGUAGGAUCUCCACCUGUUACCCUGUUUUGCGUUUCCUUCUGUCGGAUGAAAAAGUACCUUGGCAUGUCGCAUUCCCAGAUUAUUCUCCACCAAACUAUUCAGCUCCUCAUUUACUCAAGAGUUCAUGGGCUGAUCCUGACAUAAAUGAUGAAAAAUUUCAACCAAAGUGGAAUCAAGAAGAUGGUGAAAUUGAUCGACAAAGCUUUGAUCAAAACAAACAGAUUAAAUAUGAUGUUGUCAAUGGUUAUCCUUUGAAUCCAAAAGGACGUACUGGUCUUAGUGGAAGAGGAAGAUUAGGUCGUUGGGGGCCAAAUCAUGCAGUUGAUGCUGUUGUUACACGGUAA